GUUAAGGAGAGGGGCGGAAACUGUGUGCCAGUUAUCUGCGAUUCCACGAAUGAUAAAGAAAUUGAAGACCUGUUUGAGAGGAUCAAGCAUGAGCAGAAUGGCAGGCUGGAUAUCCUGGUCAACAAUGCCUAUGUUGGAGUGCAGGCGAUCUUCGGGAACAUGGGGAAGAAGUUUUGGGAAACCGAUCCAACCAUUUGGGAUUCCAUAAACAAUACAGGACUCAGAGGACACUAUUUCUUCUCAGUUCAUGCAUCCCGGAUGAUGGUGGCUCAAGGUCAGGGUUUGAUCGUCACCAUUUCUUCCAUGGGCGGGCUGCGGUAUCUCUUCAAUGUGCCAUACGGUGUUGGUAAAGCAGCAUGUGACAGGUUGGCAGCAGACAUGGCUGUUGAGCUGAAAAGUAGGGGAGUGGCUUCUGUCAGUCUGUGGCCCGGAGCGGUACAAACAGAGUUGGUUUCUCAGCUCAUAUUGGAGAAAGAAACCCCAGAGGGUGCAGAUUCCAAGAUCAAAGAUGUAUUUACCAAUGCAGAAACUACAGAAUUGAGUGGGAUGUGCAUUGUCAACCUGGCAAAAGAUAAAAGCCUGAUGUCUCUGAGUGGGAAAGUACUCCUCACAUGUGACCUGGCAAGACGCUAUGGGUUUCAAGAUGUUGAUGGAAGGAGUGUAACUGAUUACACUUCCCUAAAAUUCCUCCUGACCCAGGUCCCAUAUCUCUCGUGGCUGUCAGUCGUUACACCUUCAUUCCUACACCUGCCACGCUUUGUGCUCACCCUGGCUAGUAACCGGUUCUAAACAUUUCCUAUAUCUGUACUGAAGUCACAGUAUAAUGUUUCCAUUACAUACAACUGCAAGCUCCCAGCUAACAGGAGUUAUUUUUGUCACUAUGUAGAAAUAUAAAUGUACUCUUACUUGAUUAAUGCAAUGAAGGUAUUUCUAUGAAGUUUGAGGUAGAUAUGAAGAACACUCAAGCAUAUUCCCUGAAUUGACACUAUUGUCAGUUUUGGGUGAAGGCAAAAAA